AUGAAAGAAAAGAAAGAGGUCGCAUCAAGAUGCAAGGAUAAACAUAUAUGUUGCUCUUUUACGGGAGGAGGUUCCCAAAAUGAUCACAACAUAAAGUUAGCACCGGAGAAAUGUGCUGUGUACACAAGCUUCGUAGGAUUGUCAUUGAAUACUCCACUGCCCGUAAGUAAAUGGCCAAAGCCUGGAAUAGCAAUAAACUGGGUUCUGCCUCCUGAACCAGUUUGCUCAACUGAUAUAGACUGCAAGAAGUUGCCAAAGUCAUCAUGUGUGCCCAGCGCUGUAAAAGGACCGAAGAGAUGCCUCUGCAAAGUGCCAUAUAAAUGGGAUCCCAUUAAAGGAGCGUGUUCUAAGGUGAAAUGUGAAACCAGCAAAUGUCGAAGAAAAAGAAAACGAAAAAAGAUGAUUGCAGCUUUAACAUACACUGGAGGUAUAAUAGCAAUUCUAGGAUCAUUUGCAAUCCUAGUAUACAUCCAUCUUCGACGAAUCAAACGAAAAGCACGUGAGCAAUUAGUAAGAGAACGUCAACAGAUCUUAAAUGCAAACAAUUCAAGUGGGAGAUCAGCUAAGCUCUUUUCAGCAAAAGAGAUAAGAGUAUCAACAGGAAAUUUCUCAAAAGAAAAUGUUCUAGGUUCGGGAGGAUUUGGUGAAGUAUACAAAGGCAUCCUACAAGAUGGCACUAUAAUAGCAGUAAAAAGGGCUAUUUUUGGAAACACAAAAGGUAAUGAUCAAGUGCUAAAUGAAGUGCGGAUAUUAUGCCAAGUGAAUCAUCGGAGUUUGGUCAGGCUACUAGGGUGUUGUGUUGAGUUGGAGGAGCCAGUUCUGGUGUACGAAUACAUUUCCAAUGGAACGCUUUAUGAUCGACUACACGUAUCUUGUUCUAAUGAUCAUAUUGAAGCACCCUUGAAUUGGAAUCAAAGACUGGCAAUGGCACGUCAGAUAGCUGAAGGCCUUACAUAUCUGCAUUCCUCUUCUGUUCCUCCUAUCAUCCAUCGAGACAUUAAGACAAGCAACAUCUUACUCAAUGAAAAGCUAGAUAUCAAGAUCUCAGAUUUUGGUCUCUCGAGAAUAGUGGAUAAUGAAGCAACACAUAUGACUACUUGUGCUCAGGGGACUUUGGGGUAUCUUGAUCCUCAGUACUAUCGAGACAUGCAAUUGACAGACAAGAGCGAUGUGUAUAGCUUUGGUGUUGUUCUGCUAGAGCUACUUACAACACGGAAAGCUAUCGAUUUUAGCAGAGAGGUUGAAAAUGUAAGCCUUGUUUCAUACAUGAGGAAAAUGGUAAAUCAGCAAAAACUGCUGGAUGCAGUAGAUCCCUUUCUGGAAAAAGGAGCCAGCAAAUUAGAGCUGGAAACUAUGAAGUUGAUUGGAAUUCUGGCUAUUUCUUGUUUGGAUGAGCAACGGCACAAUCGUCCUUCAAUGAGUGACGUCAAGGACGAGAUAGAGUAUAUGCUUCACAUCAUUGAAGACAAAGGUGCAAAAUAGAAUUGAACACAGCAGAUCUUGCUGAAUACUUUUUUCAUUUCAGAAGAUGAACACUUGGGUC